AUGGUCCAUCGCCUCGUGGACCAUAUUGGAUUUGGAUGGACGAUUCGAGCAGUGGCCUUCCUACUCCUGGGCAUGGUCUCCGUCGCUAUCCUCGCACUCAAAUCGCGCUUUCCACCGUUGAAACAACCACUUGUUCUCAAGGACUUCAUCACACCUUACGCAGAAGCACCUUUUCUACUGUUGGCAAUUGGCACCUGGUUCAUAUAUAUCGGCGGCUUUAUUCCCUUUACGUUCAUUAUCGUGCAGGCCAAAGCUCAAGGCAUGUCGACGAGUCUCGCGAGCUACUUGGUGUCCAUCCUCAACGCUGCCUCGACCUUCGGACGGAUCGUUCCAGCGCACUUCGGAGAUGUUUUUGGUGUCUUCAACAUCAUGAUACUCCUCACUGGUUUCAGUGCAGCCACGUGCUUAGCUCUGUGGUUACCAAGCACGGUAAUGGCCUCAGGACACACGAACGCAUUGAUCAUCGUAUUCGCGAUAUUUUACGGCUUCGCCUCAGGUUGUGUCUUCUCCAUCGUUCCCGCCCUCAUUGCGAGGAUUUCGCCAGAUGUCCGAAAGCUUGGUGUACGUGUUGGAAGCUUGUAUGCUGUUUCCGCCACUGGUGUUCUCAUCGGGAGUCCUAUUGCAGGCGUUAUUGCUGCCGGGCAUGGGAAUGGGCUUCUUGGAUUAACGCUUUUCGCGGGCCUUUUCCUCAUCGCUGGCACCAUUCUUGUCGUAUUCUCGAGGGUUAAGCAGACUGGACUGAGACUUAUGGUGAAGGUGUGA